CAGAAUUAAGAACUGUGAUUCUCCGUGAGAGAGGGAGAGAGGGAGGGAAAGUUAAAUUAACGAGCAAAACCUUAGAUUUAACGUCUUCUUCCCUCGCUUUUCCUCCUCUUUUCUCCCCUCGGCGUUUCUUCAGAGCGACGCACAGUUUGUGAGGUGGGUGCAGCAAUUCCUUUGAAGCUUGGCCCUUUCUGUUUCUUUCUCUCUCUCUGUGGACUCUCAAGCAGGAAAAGAUUGGUUUUCGAAAUCAAUAAGCUGGGAUUCGUGGUUUCUUGGUAUCAAGGGUGGUAAGCUAGUUGAAGAUCUGUGGAGGGAAGGGAACCUACAGAUCUUCUUGCUGUUUCUUCUUUUUUUCGAUUUCUUUCUGUAAUUUGUGAUGGGUUGGAGAUACAAAGCUGGAUUGAUGCUCAUUGCAGCCGUUGUCAUCAUAUGGGUCACUUCUGCAGAAGUCACGCAGGGAAUAUUUACAGACUAUAAACAGCCAUUUGCAGUGACAUAUCUAGGAGCCUCUCUUAUGGUAGUAUAUCUUCCAAUAGCAUUCAUCAAGGAUUGGUUAUGUAGUUCACUGAGAAGUCGUUCUUCUAAAAAAGGCAAGCAUGCAGAAACUGUAGACAGGUCCUCUGCUGGGUUUGGCUCUCCUGCAAAAUUUAAUGGGGUGCAGAAAUUUUUUGAAAUGGAACUUCAGGGCUCUUUGCCUGGAAAGGACAGACUGGACAGUGAAUCCGACCUUUCUGCUCAGGAAGAGGGAAGACCUUUAAUUUCUAAGCAGAAAGAAGAUGUGGAUACAAUGAAACAGGACAAAGAGCUUUCCACAAGGGAAAUUGCUAUGUAUGGCUUUUAUAUCGCACCUAUCUGGUUUAUAACAGAGUAUUUGUCUAAUGCCGCAUUGGCACGUACAAGUGUUGCAAAUACGACAGUGCUGUCUUCAACUUCAGGGCUUUUUACUCUUUUCAUCGGUGCAUUCUUAGGGCAAGACACACUAAAUAUGGCAAAAGUAGUAGCUGUCUUUGUCAGUAUGGCUGGUGUUGCCAUGACAGCUCUAGGGAAAACUUGGGCCAUAGAUGAGGCACAAUUAAGUGCUGCUGUCAAUGGGAAGCGUUCUCUUAUUGGAGAUCUUUUUGGUCUUCUCUCAGCUAUGACAUAUGGGCUGUUUACAGUGCUUCUCAAAAAAUUUUCUGGAGAGGGAGGUGAAAGGGUUGAUGUGCAAAAGUUGUUUGGAUACGUUGGGCUUUUUACACUUGUUGCCCUUUGGUGGCUUGUGUGGCCUCUGACUGCCCUAGGAAUUGAGCCCAAGUUUUCUAUUCCCCAUUCUGCCAAAAUGGAUGAAGUUGUACUUGCAAAUGGUUUUAUUGGAAGUGUCCUGUCUGACUAUAUUUGGGCAUUAUGUGUUGUUUGGACAACUCCACUUGUAGCCACGUUAGGCAUGUCUCUAACAAUACCACUUGCUAUGGUGGCUGACAUGGUGAUUCAUGGUCGCCACUAUUCAGCAAUCUAUAUUCUUGGCUCUGCUCAGGUAUUUGCAGGGUUUGUGAUAGCAAGUCUAUCAGAAUGGUUUUCUGAGAUGUUAGGGUUAUAGCAUUUUCUUGGGUUUUUCUUUGUAAUUAAGCUGGCAAUCUAUUCUUUCUCGUGGUCAUUCUUUCUUUACCUACUGAUGUGAGGCUGGUGGCCAAGAUGCAAUGCUUCUUUUUUGCAUGGAGUAUGGACCUGUGAAGAGAGAGAAUCGUCUUCAGAUAUUUUUUAUUGCAGGAGAGGUGAUUUUUUUUCCUUGCUCCUUGUAGAGCCCUGAAUGCAUUAAGUGGUUUUUGCACAUGUGAAUUUUCAUACAAACUGAUAUGGGGUCAGAUCCAUGUUAUAUGUACUUUUGUUACAUGAGUUAGGCUUCUGCUUUGUAAUUAUUACUGUUCAAUUCAAAAGAAAAAAAAACGCAAUUGCAUUUCCCAGAGA